UUCCUCAGCGGUUCCCUGCAGGAGAUUUAGCGACUGCCAGCUUCUCUCACCUGGAGUCUGUGCACGCACUCGGUCCACACUGCCUGCACCUUCUAACACAUUUGAGGACUGACCGCUGACUGCGUGUUGGUUUGGAUCAUUUGAAAACAUGAUCGCUGCGAUUUUCAUCCCCUUGAUGUGUUUCUGCUCGCUCCAUCCUACUUUUGGACAGGACUGUCCCAGUAGACAGGAAAUACAGGGCUCUCUGAAGCAGGUACAGAAGCUUCUCUCAACACACGAAGCCUCCUACUCGCAGAGUCUUCGCAACCUGAAGAAGAAAAUAAAUCUGUUGCUGAGCAGUGCUGGAAAGCAGACCACGAGAUCCAUCAACACUACCUGCCCGAGACUGGACGCGCCCAUCAACGGGAGGAAACUUGGCAAGUCGCACGCCGUGGGCCAUGAAGUUCACCUCCUGUGUGACCCUGGUUAUGAACUCGUGGGAUCGGAGAGCAGGGUUUGUCAGGAGGGCUCGACCUGGAGCGGCCAGCUGUCUGCUUGCCGAGACAUCAAUGAGUGUGCAUCGUCUCCGUGCCUGAAUGGUGGGACGUGUGUGGAUGAAGUGAACCAGUUCUCUUGCAUUUGUACUAAAGGCUGGGCCGGAGUUACCUGUCAGAGCCCCGUGCCAACAUUCUUUGUCACCAUGACAAACACCUCUGCCGCCACCGCCGCUGCGUCCAUCCUGCCGGCUGCCACCAUGGGGCCUUUUGUUCGUCCAUCACGUUGCACCGUGGUGCAGGGGACCACCCACUGCACCUGUGAGCCAGGAUACACCAUCUCUGGCAGGGACAGCAACACCUGUUCUGACAUAGAUGAAUGUGAGCUGUUCCAUAACAGUCAGGCGGGCAGACUGUGUUUACAUGCUUGUGUUAACACACCUGGAGGUUACCGCUGUUCUUGUCCUAUCGGAUACAAUGUGACCCGCGAUGGACGCAGCUGUAAAGACAUUGAUGAGUGUGCCACAAGACAAAACAACUGCACCAAGGACCAAAUGUGCAUCAACACUUACGGUGCUUUCCAGUGUGUCCGCGUUGACUGCCCUAAGAUCCCUAAUGCAACAUAUGUCAAGACGUCACCUAUGCGUUGUGAACGGAACCCCUGUCCUGUGGACAACAAGGCCUGUUCCCAGACCCCAAACUCCUUCUCCUACCAUUACCUGGCUGUUGUGUCCAACCUGUCAGCCCCUCGUGUCAUGUUCAGGGUCUCAGCAUUACGUCCAAUUGGAGACACGCUUCGAUUCUCCCUGCUGGGGGGAAAGCAAGCUCGGCGCCACUUCACAGUCCAGCGUUCUGACCGUGUGACGGGUCAGCUGAUGCUGGUGAACCCAGUGCACGGCCCUGCCACACUGGAAGCAGAAGUGGAAAUGAGCGAGCUGGAGAGGCGAGUCCAGCUGGGGAGGUACAUCACCAAAAUCACCAUGUUUGUUUCCCAGUAUGAGUUUUAGAAAGGGAAGCAUGAAAGUGGAAAAUGCUUUCAGCACAAAGGUCAAAAACAGGUUCUGAUUAGGAUCCAGGUGAGAACUGGUGAAAAUCUGAUGUUUUGUGGUGACUAUGUUUAAAGUUUGCUUUUGCUGAAGAAGUUGCUGCAAGUCUCAAACAUAAACGUAGAAAGUCAUCAUGAACAAGCAUUAUGACUCUAAAGUGGAAGGAUAAACACCUGUCUUGUGUGCAAUAAAUGUUUCAGAAUAUGGGUUCUGAGUUGCAAAUCUUUUGGUUGGUUAAACUAUUGGAGCAGGAGUUUGGUGUGGAUGAACAUAUUUAUUUCACAUAGAAAUUAAUGUGUUAGAUAUAAAAGGUCAAUGAUGUGAUGCAGAAAAAUGUGAAGCAGCAUUCAACCGGAGUAACUAGGAAAUGUAGACAGACCAUCUAAAAUGAAGGUGCAAUUUCUGUAAUUGACAGUCUGUCAACAUUUGAACAUUAUUAUGUAUACUGGAAAUUUAGUCCCGCCGUGUAAAUAUUUUGUAAUUCUCUUCAAGAUCAUUUUGAAUUUAUAUAUUCUGGUUUUAGUACAGCUAAAAUAUAAUCAUUAAAACAACA